UUGCCUUGGUUCAAAAGACUCGAUUGCCACCUCAAAUCCGAGUAUUGUGAUUUUGGAAGUACUCUUUUAAGCAAUUUUUGGUACUAUUGCAACCUUCUUGAACUCUCUCUCAUCUCCUUCCUUUCCCCACCUAGAAACCACUGGAACAUACUGCAAAAAUCCCAAUUUAGCAAAUCAAUAAAUAGAAAGCGCAAACACCCACAAUCACAUUUUCCCAAUCUUUCCUUUAUUCAAUUCCUACUCAAAGCAUCAUCACUUUCAAUUGUUUCUCUCAUUAAUCUUCAAUUCAGAGCUCUACAAUCCAAUUUUAUACUUCAAUCAUGGCUACUGCAACGACGUCGUUUCCAGGAUCUUAUCUUCGUGUUCCACCCAAAAAUGGCGUCCGAAAUGCGUUGUUUUCUCAGCCUAUUCUCUCUCUUCGGCUCAAUUCGAAGACACCCAUUUCGCUAAAGUCUCUAAAUUCACUGAAAUUCAGUAGAAAUUCCACUAAUUUUUUGUUGUUUAAGAAUUCUGGGCAAUUUAAAAAGAAUUCGAAAUCUGGAUCUUUUGUUGUUCGAUGUGAUGCUUCAGGUGGUAGCAGGAUUACCCAACAAGAAUUCACAGAAAUGGCAUGGCAAGCAGUUGUUUCUUGUCCGGAAGUGGCAAAAGAGAACAAACACCAGAUAGUGGAGACGGAGCAUUUGUUGAAGGCACUUCUAGAGCAAAAAAAUGGACUUGCUCGCCGCAUUUUCUCCAAAGCUGGAGUUGACAAUACACGUUUGCUUGAAGCAACUGACAAAUUUAUACAACGACAACCAAAGGUUUUGGGAGAAUCUGCUGGGUCUAUGUUGGGACGAGAUCUCGAAGCUCUGAUUCAAAAAGCCAGGGAUUACAAGAAAGAGUAUGGAGAUUCAUUUGUCUCUGUAGAGCAUUUGGUUCUUGCUUUUGCACAGGACAAAAGAUUUGGGAAACAGUUAUUUAGUGAUUUUCAGAUUUCUGAAAAAACGUUACGAUCUUCCAUACAAGCUGUAAGGGGGCGGCAGUCGGUCAUUGACCAAGACCCCGAAGGAAAAUAUGAAGCUCUGGAGAAGUAUGGAAAAGAUUUGACUACUAUGGCAAGGGAAGGUAAACUUGAUCCUGUAAUCGGAAGAGAUGAUGAGAUACGGAGAUGCAUCCAGAUUCUAUCUAGGAGAACAAAAAAUAAUCCAGUUCUUAUUGGUGAACCUGGUGUUGGUAAAACCGCGAUUGCUGAAGGGCUUGCUCAAAGAAUAGUCGAGGGGGAUGUUCCUCAAGCUUUGAUGAACCGUAAGUUAAUUUCCCUUGACAUGGGAGCUCUCAUUGCUGGAGCUAAAUAUCGUGGAGAGUUUGAAGAUCGGCUGAAGGCUGUAUUGAAGGAGGUGACAGACGCUGAGGGUCAAACUAUUCUUUUCAUAGAUGAGAUUCAUACAGUAGUUGGAGCAGGUGCCACAAAUGGUGCUAUGGAUGCUGGCAAUCUUUUAAAGCCUAUGCUUGGUCGUGGAGAGUUGCGAUGCAUUGGUGCUACAACACUUGAUGAAUAUCGUAAAUACAUUGAAAAAGAUCCAGCAUUGGAGCGGCGUUUUCAACAGGUUUAUGUUGACCAACCAAGUGUUGAAGAUACUAUCUCCAUACUUCGUGGGCUGCGUGAGAGAUACGAGUUGCAUCACGGAGUUAGGAUUUCUGAUGGUGCUCUUGUGGAGGCUGCUAUGCUUUCAGAUCGCUACAUUAGCGGACGGUUCUUACCUGACAAAGCUAUUGACUUGGUAGAUGAAGCAGCUGCUAAACUAAAGAUGGAGAUCACAUCAAAACCUACUGCCCUGGAUGAGAUCAAUCGUUCUGUAUUGAAGUUUGAGAUGGAAAGACUCUCACUUACAAAUGAUACUGACAAAGCAUCAAAGGAGAGGCUUAAUCGACUUGAUGCAGAACUUUCCCUGUUAAAGGAAAAGCAGGCUGAGUUGACUGAGCAAUGGGAGCAUGAAAAAUCUGUAAUGACACGAAUACAGUCUAUCAAAGAGGAGAUUGACAGGGUGAAUAUUGAGAUCCAACAGGCAGAGCGAGAAUACGAUCUUAAUCGUGCUGCUGAACUGAAGUAUGGCAGCCUCAACUCUCUACAACGCCAAUUGGAAAGUGCUGAAAAAGAAUUGGAUGAGUACAUGAAAUCUGGAAAGUCAAUGUUACGUGAAGAAGUAACUGGGACCGAUAUUGCUGAAAUAGUCAGCAAGUGGACUGGAAUUCCUUUAUCAAAGCUGCAACAGUCAGAGAGGGAGAAGUUAUUGCAUUUGGAAGAAGAGCUACACAAACGUGUUGUGGGCCAAGAUCCUGCAGUGACAGCUGUUGCCGAGGCUAUUCAGCGGUCUAGAGCUGGGCUUUCAGAUCCACACCGUCCCAUUGCUAGUUUCAUGUUCAUGGGUCCCACAGGUGUGGGAAAAACAGAGUUAGCAAAGGCCCUUGCCUCUUACCUGUUCAACACUGAAGAUGCCCUUGUCCGAAUUGAUAUGAGUGAAUAUAUGGAGAAAUUCGCCGUCUCAAGACUGAUAGGUGCUCCGCCUGGUUAUGUGGGCUAUGAGGAGGGAGGUCAACUAACAGAGAUAGUUAGAAGGAGGCCUUAUGCCGUGAUCCUAUUUGAUGAAAUAGAAAAAGCUCACGCUGAUGUUUUCAAUGUUUUCCUUCAAAUUCUAGACGAUGGUAGGGUGACAGACUCUCAAGGACGAACAGUGAGCUUCACCAAUACUGUCAUCAUUAUGACUUCAAAUGUCGGAUCACAGUACAUCCUUAAUGCAGCUGAUGAUGAGACAACAUCAAAGGAGGUAACAUAUGAAAAAAUAAAGCAGAGAGUAAUGGAUGCGGCCAGAUCAAUCUUCCGACCUGAGUUCAUGAAUAGAGUAGACGAAUACAUAGUCUUCCAGCCUCUUGAUCGUGAUCAGAUUAACAGCAUUGUUCAAUUACAGCUGCAAAGAGUACAGUCAAGAAUUGCAGAUCGUAAGAUGUCUAUUCAAGUGACCGAUGCUGCAGUUCAGCUUCUUGGCAACCUUGGAUAUGAUCCCAACUACGGUGCUAGGCCAGUCAAGCGUGUCAUACAACAAUAUGUUGAGAACGAAAUUGCUAAAGGCAUAUUAAGAGGGGAAUUCAAGGAAGAGGAUUGCAUUCUUGUUGAUACAGAGGUCACGGCAUAUUCAAAUGGCCAGCUCCCUCAGCAGAAGCUAUUGUUCCGCAAAUUGGAGCCUGACUCAGGGUCUUCCUCUGAAGAAGCCAAGCAAGCUGUUUCUCCUUUGUAGAUUCGAAGAUAUAACUGUGAUCUAAAUUUCUGAUGAUUGUUUUCACAUUGCACAUAGAUUUAUAAUGGCAGUAAAGCGUCUUUUCCACAUAAGAUUUUGUACAAGAUAUACAGUAUAUAAGUCUUAAUCAUAUAGAAUCCAUUGUGCUGAAUCCAGUAAAGAUCCUUCAUAUCUCA